GCUUUGACCCUACUCUCAAAACCAAAAAAGUGCGAGUUGGAAUCCUAAUAUAUGGAGAAACAACAAAGCAGUUAUUGGCGUUAGAUAACAAGAAAACCACCAAUGAAGUUGUCAAUUUACUUAGCAAUAUGAACUUGAAGAAAGAAGACAAGCUUUGCAGAACGAUGACCCACUUAGCCUUGAAGGAGGUACAAACUAUAAUGUCCUCAACCAAGCGAAAUAACACUGCACAACUUAUACUGCUGAUUACUGAUGGGCUUACAUUCUUUCGUCGAUACAGAAACAAGUUGUACAAAACAAGAAAUGAACUGAAGAAAGAUGGUGUGAUUUUAAACGUCGUUUCAAUGCCUCAUAAGAAAGGAAAGUUUGAGGAAGAAGAAUUUGUAAAACUACCACAUGAUAUCGAGCGAAACUAUUUCAAUGGAUCCGACCCCGAUGUUGCUAAUGCCGUAAUGGAACAAAUUGCGAAUGAUGCACCUUGUCCAAAAACGCCAUAGUA